AUGACACCCUUAAACCACAGUGUGGUCAGCCACACAACCUUCUACUUGCUGGGAAUCCCUGGCCUAGAGGAGCAGCACAUGUGGAUUUCUAUCCCCUUCUUCAUUUCCUGUGUCAUCGCCCUGCUUGGGAACAGCCUGCUCAUCUACAUUAUCCUCACAAAGCAUAGCCUCCAUGAGCCCAUGUACCUCUUCCUCUGCAUGCUGGCUGGAGCAGACAUUGUCCUUUCGACGUGCACAGUACCUCAGGCUUUGGCCAUCUUCUGGUUCCAUGCUGGGGAGAUCUCCCUGGAUCGCUGCAUCACUCAGUUCUUCAUCAUCCACUGCACUUUCGUCUCUGAGUCAGGGAUCUUGCUGGUGAUGGCAUUUGACCGGUACCUUGCCAUAUGCUACCCACUGAGAUAUACCACCAUUCUUACACAUGCACUGAUAGGGAAAAUUGGAGUGACAAUUUUUCUGAGAAGUUAUAGUACAAUUUUCCCCAUAAUAUUUCUUCUGAAAAGGUUGACUUUCUGCCAAAAUAAUAUCAUUCCACACACUUUAUGUGAACACAUUGGCUUAGCCAAAUAUGCUUGUAAUGACAUUCGAGUGAACAUCUGGUAUGGGCUUUUUGUGAUAGUGUCAACAAUAGUCUUAGAUGUUCUGUUAAUUUUUGUUUCCUAUCUGCUGAUUCUCCAUGCCGUGUUCCACAUGCCUUCCCAAGAUGCACGCUACAAAGCUCUCAACACAUGUGGUUCCCAUGUCUCUAUCAUCAUCCUCUUUUAUGGGCCUGCAAUCUUCACAACCCUUACUCAGCGUUAUGGACACCACAUCCCACCUCAUAUCCACAUCUUAUUGGCCAAUGUCUGCAUUCUGGUUCCACCAAUGCUGAAUCCCAUCAUUUAUGGAAUCAAGACCAAGCAAAUCCGAGAGCAGGUGGCUCAUGUACUUUGUCCAAAGCAGAAAUAA